AUGUCAGUAAUUACACAAUUUAUGUUAAAAUAUAUUUUAAUUAUUUUAAUAGAUUCUCAUCGUUGUGGAUUGCCUUUACACGUUGAUAAUGACAACAAUUUUGUUAGUAGAUAUAAAAGAUUUCGUCCACACAAUUACCACCAUAGACAUAAUCACCAUGUUAAUUACAAAAAUUCAUCCUUUAAACAUUUAAAUGAGACACACUAUCACCAUGACGAACAUAUACACAGAAAAGUAAUGGGUGGUCAUGGAGUCGAGGAGGGUCAAUUGCCAUGGGCUGUAGCUAUACACAAACAUUUAGAUGGAUAUGGUAACAGAAAAUAUUUUAAAUUAAAUUAAAAAAAAAGAUGGAUAUGCUUGUACGGGAACACUGAUUUCGCGCCGUCAUGUACUAACUGCUGCGCAUUGUUUCUUUAAGUAUGGAAAGUUAUUGAAAAGAGAUGAAGUAGAAUGUCAUAAUACACACUGUUGUUAUUCAUAUGAACAAAGUGCAAUACCUGAGGCAGAUGUUCACAAUUACAUUAC